UUAACUUCCUGUUUUAUUCUGACUCAAUCUUGGCCGCUUGACACAGGCUCGAGAGUGGAGAGGUGUGUGUGUGUAAAAAAUGUAAUGUUGAUGCGGAGUCUGAGUAGACACAUAUCCGAGAGAGGAAACGGGGUCAGCGGCGAAAAAAGAGGACAUCUCCCAGUCACAUCGUCGAGUCUCGCCCCCCGGGUGACUCCCAUGUCUCUCUCUGGGGUUGGUCUAACCCAAAAAAUCCGUCAUCCUACAAUGGGCUGUGGGAGAUCGGCUCAACUCGGAGAUUCCUCUUGUAGCUGCUCACAGAGCCGAGGAUAGGGGCCAAGACAUCGGACCGAGUCAAUGUGGGUUUCUCGUCCGUUUUUGUCCUGCGCUUCUCGGCCCCAGUGUCUGGCAGCCAGCAGCGUACAGUGCGUAAAUGCGCCCGGAGUAGAGAAGAAAGAAAGGCCUCCGAGGAGCCGUUUAAAUGUUGAGAUUGAGUCCCGGCCAGACAUCGCAGUAGUGAAUCAAUUUCUUUAUAGUUCCGCUGAGCGGAUGGAGUGAAUUGUGCAAAAGGGGAGAGAGACAGACCACAGUUUGGUUGCGUGUGAUGAUAGGAGACACAAUGACGCUCUUGUCUCUUCUGGGUCGGAUCAUGCGCUAUUUUCUCCUCAGGCCGGAGACAUUGUUUCUGUUGUGCAUAAGCCUGGCGCUGUGGAGUUAUUUCUUCCACACGGACGAGGUGAAAACCAUCGUCAAGUCCAGCCGGGAUGCCGUGAAGAUGGUGAAGGGGAAAGUGGCGGAGAUGAUGCAGAAUGAUCGGCUGGGAGGCCUCAGUGUCCUGGACGCAGAGUUCUCUAAAACCUGGGAGUUCAAGAACAACAACGUAGCCGUGUACUCCAUCCAGGGGAGGAGAGAUCACAUGGAGGACCGCUUCGAGGUGCUCACCGACAUCGCCAACAAGAGUCACCCGUCCAUUUUCGGGAUAUUUGACGGUCACGGUGGAGAGGCUGCAGCUGACUAUGUGAAGGCCCACCUGCCAGAGUCCCUGAAGCAGCAGCUGCAGGCCUUUGAGCGAGAGAAGAGAGAGAGCGCUCUCUCUUACACCAGCAUCCUCGAGCAGCGCAUCUUGGCUGUGGAUCGUGAGAUGCUGGACAAGCUCUCUGCCAACCACGAUGAAGCAGGAACGACAUGUCUAGUGGCGCUACUGUCAGACAGAGAGCUCACGGUGGCCAACGUCGGAGACUCUCGUGGCGUGUUGUGUGACAAAGACGGGAAUGCCGUCGCGCUGUCGCAUGAUCACAAACCAUAUCAGCUCAAAGAACGCAAGCGGAUCAAGAGGGCAGGAGGUUUCAUCAGUUUUAAUGGCUCCUGGAGAGUGCAGGGAAUCCUGGCGAUGUCCCGCUCUCUAGGGGACUACCCACUGAAAAACCUCAACGUGGUCAUCCCCGACCCUGACAUCAUGACCUUUGACCUGGACAAGCUGCAGCCAGAGUUCAUGAUCCUGGCCUCCGAUGGCCUGUGGGACGCCUUCAGUAACGAGGAGGCCGUCCGGUUCGUCCGUGAGCGCCUGGACGAGCCCCACUUUGGUGCCAAGAGCAUCGUUCUGCAGUCCUUCUACCGUGGCUGCCCCGACAACAUCACUGUCAUGGUGGUGAAGUUCAAGAGUGGAGCCGGGGGGAGCAGCAAGGCGGGGGAGUAGGUCGUUUGGAGCUCGCAUUGUGAUCAAUGUUUUCUAUGAUUUUUCCCCAUCUUCUGGAUGGAGCAGCAGGUAUGAAACCAUGGAAGGACUGAGAGAAUAUGAAGUAUAGACACUGAGAACUGUACUUUUGACAAGCAUACAUACACAUACAAACACGUACAUGCAAACACAUGUUUAAAAAAAAAGAGGUUUUGUUUUGUUUGUAAGUUUCUGAUUGAGAUUAGGGCAUGAAAACCCAAUGUAGACCCAACAACCAUCUGCCAACUUCAUGACAAAUACAUCAAAAUACAGAAGCUCUCCAACAGUGGAUGGAGAUGCAUAAACGCAGGACAAACACACACCAAACAGGGGAUUUCUCUUAACCAGCACACUGAAGACUGUGAUUGAUUUACUACUGUUUACUCUACAUGCACAUGAAUGGUACAGCUCCACUGGAGGCUUCUUCAGAGGAGGCUUCAACUAGUGCCUACUCAAGCGUUACUGUGCAACUGCAAGAAGCUACUGAAAAUGUAAAAAUGUAUUUGCAAAGAUCAACCUUGCUUGCUGCAAUUUGAUGAUGCUCUCUCAUAAUCUACGUAAUGUGUAACAUCGUUGACCUGGAAAAAUCUGUCAAAAUCAAAACAAGACUCCAGUGGAUCCAUACCUUUAUUUAACUUGAAGUGAUGCUACACCCAAAAUCUAACUUUUGAGUAUCAAACAUUCAUCCCCUGUAGACUUAAGAGGUGGCUGUUAAUCAUUUGUAGUUUCAUCCUCCAGCUGAAUUCAGCCUCAAUUCAUGCUGACUACGGUGGAUUCUAAAACUCAGCAGGAAAAACCCAGUGGAAAAAAGUAGCAUAAAUAUGGAGUUAAACACCAGGAGCUGUGAUUGGUCAGACUCCUGCCACAACAUAGCAGCUGGCCAAUCACAGCUCAUAAUACUGUUCUGUGGGUUUGAUUUGCUUGCAAGUUAAAGAUACUGCUAAGAUAAGGUGAUCGUGAAAUGGAAACUGUAAACGUUGAAGCAGGAGACAAAUUAAGUGUGAGAUGAAACAUAUGUAACUGGAAAAACAAAAAGUUACAUUUAACAGCUUUUAAAGUAAUUUUGGUAUUACACUUUAAAAUAUAAUCACCAAUGAAUUGUUUGAAGACAAAAUAAGGAAGUGAAAUUGGAAUAAUUGGAAACUGAAAAUGCAAUGAUCUCGCCAUAUGCUCUGUAUGGUGUUCCAUAUUUUUGCCAAAAUAUGUACAACUUAUGCAGCCUGUUUAAGUAUAACUUGUAUUUGCCUGAGCACAUUUAGAUAAUUGGCUGUCUUGAAUAUAGAUGUCUUUGAGUCUCAUGUCUUUGAAGGCUGAAAACUGCACAUUCUUACAGCCACCUUUCAAGUCUGCAGGAGAUGAGUGGUGCUUAAAAACAAAAUUUGGGGUGGAAUCUUAAACAUGCAACACACACACACACACACACACACAUUUCUGAAAAAAUGCACUUUUCAGAUGUUUAUUUUUUUGGAAUGGUGAAUUCUUAUUACAUAUCAGCCAAUGUAAACACUGUAUAUCCUCGGUAAUUUAAGAGGGUUUUAAUGUAUGUAGAACCUGAUUUAGUUCCUGACCUUUCACCUCUUGGUAACGCAAUUUUAUGGAGCUGGUGUGAACUGUUGCAUCAAAGUGAUUUUACACCAUCUGUAUCAGGGCAUGUGCUUUGACUUAUCCAUGUUCAUGAACAAAGUACAUACAAUAUGUAUGGUGGCUGCCUUUGACGUGGAAAGCACACGUAACAGGAGGCACAACAGACUCCCACACCCCUGCUGCCAUGAGAAACUGACUUAUACGAUGACACAUCAUGACCUGUAUACACAGCCGCAGCCGGAAUGCUUGUAGCUAGAAACAUGAUAUGCUCCCAAAGCAAUACAACUGGUGUCAUCAACAGCAACGACCCAUCAAGGAAAGUUACAGUAAACCAUACUUGAUUUACUACUGUUUUUAGUUCAACUACUUUUUACCACUGUGUACCAUGCAUCAGUUGAAAGAAGCCUUUUUUUAAUUUAACAGUUUACCUAAUGCCUUAUUUAUUGUUGAGUUCUUGGAUGUGUCAGGCAGAUUGCCAAAUCAGUAUUCUGUAUAUUCUUUUUUUUUUUUUUUUGUCCUUCUGUACAUGAGCAGAAGUUUACAAUAAAACAGAUUCCCAUCACUUUGAUUUGAGAUGCAGUCCAUGAUUCACACAUGUUGAGCUGAUGCUCGCUGUAAAAAAAGGCGUAAAGUGUAAAGACUUUCUGUAUGUAAAUUAUCAGUAUUAAACAAACUCUUUCAUCUGAAAUGAAUUCCCCCCCUUUAGUCUUUAUUGUUGCAAAGGCCUGGUAUUUCAUUGUGGCCUCUUGUAACUGUGCAGCAUGUUCACAUCAGUUCAAUCUCGUCAAACACACUAACUAUUUACAAGACUUAUUAUUACUGCUUAUUCAGUUAUAUUACAUCAUCCUUUUUUUUAAUCCACACAACAUGUUUGGGUGCAGUCUCACACACUCGCACCUGCUGCUGGCCCUAUUGGAUAGCUCCCCAGUGGCUGAGUCUGAAGUGCCUUGCUCAAGGGCACAGCAAGAAACGUUGAAUGAAGAAUGGGGUGGCGACUGACUAAUGUUCUUGUCUUCCUUUGGUUUUUAUCACCACUCCCGGAAUUUGACCACGCUGCGUUCCUUCCAUCAUACACUGGUCUCAAAAACCUGUUCGUUGUAAAUCACAGAUGAGGUGGUGAGAUCAGAAUGAGUUUGGGGUGAAAAAAAAAACACGUGACGUCUCCUGCGUGUUUCUGGGAUGCCUCUGCUGAAACACAAAUAGCCCUCAACGCUGCGCUGCCUCUGCAAGGCGACUCAACCCCGCUGCAGCCCUCAGGAGGGGCACAGACAGCUCGGAGGCGCGCGCUGAUGCCAAGUCUUGUGACGGUUUGCACCAGGUGGAGAUACUCAGAAUAGCUCGGACAUGAACUGAUUCAAAUGCCCAAGACUCGUGUUGCGACAUUGAGGCGUCUAAUAACUAUCAAGCCAAGUGCGUCACGCUGCAACUUUACGGGAACUUACGGGUAUUUUAUAUGGAUUUGGCACUUUAAAAGUGAGCCACGUCCACACAGGCAGCAGUGGAGGAAACUUGUCAUUUAGCCAACCCAGAAAUAAGCGAGAAUAUAACAAUUCUGCUUUGUUUUUGAGUUACUAUUGGAUUGUGUUCUAUUUAAGCUGCACUAUGGGACAGCACGGAUCCAAGUCCUCCAUAGAAGCGAGGGUGAUUUUCCAUCGCUUUGGCGCAGUGGACAUGUAUCAGAGAACCGACGAAUGUUCCACUCCAGCCUCCGUUGUCCACAUUCAGAAGAAGGUGACCAGUCAGCCCGCCUGUCUUCACUCUUCCCCGCGGGCACUGGAGAGGUCAACACCCCAUUCUUGGCCCCAAAGCAGCCGCUGUGACACCGGGGCGCUGGUGUACGUGAUGGAUAACCCGACUGGCGGCGUGUGGGUGAAGCCGGGAGAGAAGUGGAGCAGAUCUUGAUAGAAAAUCAAGAAAUACAAAUGAAUUCAUCGAUGGAGUUAAGUCAAGUGCGCUCGUGAUUGGAUGCACUUUGCGCGCACCUUCAGUUUUGGCGUCUGCCGAGCAGCAGGGUGCCCGGAGAUUUGGGUUCCCUACGCUGAGCGCGCGCCUCCUCAAGGGAGUCAAGGUGGUUGUAAAUCGUCUCCGCGACAUGGAGGAGUUGGCUAGAAAUUUAUUGAUUUAGUCGAUAUGAGACAUUGUCGCACUGGAAGAUGAUAAGCGGAGAUGAAGCGUACCAACCAGGCGUCAUGCGCACUGAGAUAACGUGUUUUCUUUGGAAACGGAAUCAUAGCCUUGUUUCAAACAUGAUUGUGAGCUAGAAUUACUACGUCCAUAAGAAUGAAAACACGUGUUAUUUAUAUUUUCAUAACACUGUGGAGUAGAUCAAAUAAAAGACAGGAGCUUGGGAUAAGUCAGUACUGGGAUUUGGAUAUGGCUGUAGACGCAUUUUAAUGACAUGCACCUAACACAAACUAUCCUGCUAUUUAAACCAGUGUGGUUUGUAAACAGUGCACUGUGGCCGACUGGGUCAAAGUAAAAACUGCACCCUUCCAAAGGCUGAGCAGCCUUAAUUUAUUUUUCCUUCCCUUUUGACUAUAUCUUCUCUUUUUUUAUGUAAUAUGUAAUGCAAAGCACAACAAAAUAUUUUAAGAUUUUUUUUAAAUAAUGAUGGUAGUUUGGAUACGAUAGACUGGAGGUCAGUGAAGACCCACCUUGAGAGUUAAGACUGAAUGUUUGCCCAGAAUGUUUUGCAGUAACUGAAGAGUGAAGUUCUAGAAACUUUAAGGAGGUUUGGAGAAAGUAAUGGUGCGUCUGAAGAUUACAACAUCCACCUGGCUUUUAAUAUUUCUGUCAAUGGGGAUGUCACAGUGGGACUGUUUGUAUGUUGAAAUGAACAUUUACAGACUUUAAACCAUCACAUUAUUUUCUCUAUACAGAGCAGGCCAACGGUGGUUCAAUGAGAAACUACAUUUCUUUCUUGGCUGAAGUCUGAAUAUUGUUAUUAUUGUUGUGUAUCAUGAUGGCCUAUUGAUUGUCACUUACAUGUAACUGCACCAUGCUCCUGUAUGUAAAAAAUGACUGAUAAAAACACAUUUCACCUUUA